CAAUGAUAUUUUAAAGAAGACGCUCGCGAGGUUUUCGUUUCUUCACCAUGGCAACCUCAGUCCGGUAAAUCGUGGCGUCUUCUUCUUUGUGGGCCACCGGUGGUUCGUCAUGGCAGAGUUGGGUCUAAAUGAUCACCAUCAGAAUGAAGUAAUCAACUACAUGCGAUUUGCACGCUCUAAACGUAGUCUGCGCCUUAAGACGGUAGACUCUUGUUUUCAAGACCUUAAGGAAAGCAGGCUUGUGGAAGAUACAUUCACUGUUGAUGAAGUGACUGAUAUCCUGGAUGGUUUACAGACUGUAGUGCAUAGUGAGGUGGAAUCAGAACUUAUUAAUGCAACUUACACCAAUGUAUUACUUUUACGACAAUUUUUUUCCCAGGCAGAAAAAUGGUGUCUUAAAUUACAGACUGAUAUUUCAGAACUGGAAAAUAGGGAUUUAUUAGAACAAGUUGCUGAGUUUGAAAAAUCAGAAUUUACAUCUUCAAAUAAGAAGCUGAAUCCAGAGUUGGUUAAAACUAAACUUACUCCAUUGCAUGAGGGAGCAUCAGAAUUGCUAAACAAGGAAAUUACAAGGCUUCAUGAAGAAAAUGAAAAACUGAAAACUCGAUUAAAGACAAUAGAGCUACAGGCUACAAAUGCACUAGAUGAAAAAUCAAAGUUAGAAAAGGCUUUACAGAACAUUCAGAUUGCUCAGGGGGAUCAAAAGUUUAACAGUACUCAGGAUGUUAGCGAACUAGAAAAUACUAUGGCUAAUUUGAAGUGUCAGUUUGAGAGAACACUUCAAGACAGUACUGCAAGCCAAAAAUCCUUGGAAGAGAAUCUGGUGUCAACAAAACAUGACUUACUUAAGGUUCAAGACCAGUUAGUACUGGCUGAAAAGGAAUUAGAAAAGAAGUUCCAACAAACUGCUGCUUAUCGCAAUAUGAAGGAGAUUCUCUCAAAAAAGAACGAUCAAAUAAAAGAGUUACGAAAGAAGCUUUCAAAGUAA